AGUGUGUGUGGAUGUACUCGCCUGCUUCGCUGACUGACUGACUGACUGUGUGUGUGUGUGUGUGUUUUUGUGUGUGACAGAGAGAGAUCAGGAGAGGUGUAGAGCGCGUGGAGACUACUCCACAGGACUGGAUGUGUUUGCCGUCACAAGAAGGGAGCACAAACACAUUUAAAAAAGAGAGCAGAGCGGACACAAACUGCUGACUGAACUGCAGGCAGACAGCGGGGCAGAGUGCGGAGGAGUAAGCAGACAAGACAAAGCAGACGAGUGAGCGGACUGACUGACAGCGUCCAUGGCGAGCAAUAACACGGCCAGCAUCGCACAAGCCAGGAAGCUGGUGGAGCAGCUGAAGAUGGAGGCCAACAUCGACAGGAUAAAGGUGUCAAAAGCAGCAGCAGACUUGAUGUCGUACUGCGAAGCUCACGCCAAAGAAGACCCUCUGUUAUCGCCGGUGCCAGCGUCAGAGAACCCGUUCAGGGAGAAGAAGUUCUUCUGUGCCAUCCUGUAAAAAAAUCCAAUGCAGCAUGGCCCUUCAGCAGUCUGCUCAGUGUGGGACUUUUGAACGCGGACGUUCAAAAUACGUAGAAAUCUUCUAGUAGGAGGGGCACGGCGAUUAUUAUUGCCCCCCCCCCCUCCACCCCUUUCUCGAACGGCACCUUAAGAGUGCAAAAAAUUAAAAAACCACAGAGUUAAACGUGUAACCAUUUAAAGGGGUCGUGAUUGCUUUUUUUGAGGGGGUGUGCAGCAUGUUGAAGGGGUCUGUGCUUUUAGGUAACACACAAAAAGGAUGAUGAUGAUGAUGAUGAUGGUGAUGAUGUGGAGUGUGAUGAUAAACCCAGAGUCGUGACGGACAACCAGUCAACCUACACGAGUCUUCAGGGUUGUGAUGUGUACAAAACAAAUAGUUAAAAAAAAGGAAAAAAAAAAGAUAAAAUGAGAAUUAAAAAAUAUUUUGUGGUUCUUUUUCAGACUUCCAGAUGUUUCUGUUAGAUGGGUUUUUUUGUUGGGGGGGCGAGUCAAGCUUCGUACGACAGCAAACAAAAAAAACCACGCCUACCACUAGACGCCACCGGAUUGAUCAGAAUGUUUCUUUUUCUUUCUUUUCUUUUUCAAAGUUGUUGUUGAUUUUAUAUUUUCAUUUUAAAUUUUACCUACCAACCUAAAUAUCUUUCUAUAACUGUCCGAGUACUGAAAUAGCUGUUGACUUCUUUUUUUUUUUUUUUUUACAGGUUAGUGAAAGCUUUUUUAAUGGGAUGUUUGAAACAUUCGAUUCCUGUGAUUCUCUUUACAAAAAUACCUUUAUGAUGAAGAAGAAGAAAAAAAAAAAGAAAAAUCAGUCUCUGUGUAUCAAACAUCUAUCUGGCAAAAUGUGAUACAGUUUGUCUCCUUCCGAUACGAACCCUCUUUCUACUCUUUGUAUAAAAAUGACUUAGCAAAGUAAACUGUUCUGUGCUGUGAGAUCUGAAUGUUUGUGUUUGUAUCAUUAACUAUUUUGCAUGAAGUGGACAAA